AUGUCGAAGCCCUGGGGAGGCGUCGGCGCGUGGGCGCUGGACGCCGAGCGCGCCGAGGAGGAGGAGCGCGAGCAGGCCCUGUCCUUCCCGGCGCCCGAGCCGCCCGCGGCCGCGGGCGGCGCCGCCAGCUUCCCGAGCCUCCGCGAGGCGGCCGCCGCGGGCGCCGGGGGCAAGUCUAAGAAGAACAAGAAGGGCACCACGCUGUCGCUGUCCGAGUUCACCACCUACGGCGCGGCCGCGGCCCAGCGGCGCGCGGCGCACGUCGAGCCCAAGGGCCUGACCCACGAGGAGAUGAUGAUGCUGCCCACGGGGCCCCGGGAGCACUCGGCCGAGGAGCUGGACCGCUCCCGCGGGUUCCGCUCCUACGGCGGCGGCGGCGGCUUCGGCGGCCCCGGGGGAGGCGCCGGAGGGGAGCGCUGGGGCGGCUUCGACGACGAGGGCCGCCGCGGGCCAGGCCGAAGCUCGGAUCUUGACAUGCCCUCCCGCGCCGACGAGGCUGACGACUGGGGCGCCACUAAGAAGUUCACCCCGGCUCCCGCCGACUCUGGCCGCCGCGAUAGGUUCGGCGGGCCUUCCCCUCUCGGCCGUGCUGAUGACAUUGACGACUGGUCACGCGACAAGAAGCCGCUCCCGUCGCGCUACCCCAGCCUCGGUUCUGGAGGUGGCUUCCGUGACUCGCCGGGCUUCCGCGACUCACCAUCUGCUUCUGAUUCUGACCGUUGGGUCCGUGGAGCCACCCCUAUGCCACACAACGGCCAGGGGGCGGGGGAGAGGCCACGCAUCGUCCUCAAUCCUCCUCCUAAACGUGACCCGGCGGCAGCUGCUUCCACCCCACCUGCUGAGGUGGCCCGCAACCGCCCAAGCCCGUUUGGGGCUGCAAGGCCCCGGGAGGAUGUGCUGGCCGAGAAGGGGUGGACUGGAGGAAGUUUGAGAAUGAGAUUGAGCAGAAGACCAGCCGGCCUAACAGCUCGCACUCCAGCAGGCCGAAUAGCGCUCAUUCCUCCCGCCCUGGGAGCCCUGGGUCGCAGGUUUCAGCCGUUGGGAGUGAAGGAGCACCGAGGGCACGGCCAAAGGCCAGAGUCUGAUGAAGAAAGAAAUUUUAAAGAAGAAAUCAACCUUCUGAGGGUGGAUCUUAAAGAAAUUGAGGGAAAGAUGAGUAAUGGUUCUGACCAGACAUCGGUAGAUGCAAAAGAUUUGUCUGAGAAGAUAUCUCAGUUGGAAAGCCAGCUUGAGCAGCUUUCAAGGGAGUUGGAUGACAAGAUUCGAUUUGGGCAAAGGCCACGUUCUGGUGCAGGCAGGGUUACAACACUUGCACCAACUAGUUUAGGGGAGGAACCACAGGCUACAGUGGUGGACAGACCGCGUUCUCGUGGUGGUAUGGAACCACCCCCAAGGCAGGAAGAAAGAUGGGGAUUUCAAGGAAGCAGAGAAAGGGGCUCUUUUGGUGGAAGCAGAAAUUCAGACAGAAUCAAGAUGCUUUGCUCAGGAACUUAUUUUUUAGAAAGUAGCAUGGGUGAAGUUUGGAAACCUGUGCUAAUGGUUCAUCAUGUUUUAGGUUAA